GUGGCGUGGCGUGGCGUGGCGUGGCGUAGCCGGCCAUGGCGCGGGUGCUGGUGGUGGGCGCGGGGCUGACGGGCAGCGCCUGCGCGGCGCUGCUGCGGGGGAUGGCGCCCGCCCACCUCGUCGUCUGGGAGAAGGCGCGCGGCGCAGGGGGCCGUAUGAGCACCAGCCGCAGCGCGCGGGGCGCCGCCGACCUGGGCGCGCAGUUCGUCACCCUGGAGCCGGAGAGGGCGGGGCCGCGCCUCAGCUUCUAUGAGGAACUUCUGUCUCAUGGCAUCUUGAAACCGCUGACUGCGCCCAUUGAAGGAAUGGUAGUGAAAGAAGGCUCGUGCAAUUAUGUGGCACCCCAGGGCAUCUCCUCUGUUGUCAAGUAUUAUUUAAAACAGUCAGGUGCGGAUGUCUUCUAUGAACACCAUGUAACUCGUAUCUCUCUCCGAGAUGGGAAAUGGGAAGUCUCCAGGAAAAUGGGACAAAUGGAACAGUUUGAUAUAGUUAUUCUCACAAUGCCUGUUCCACAAAUUCUUCAGCUGCAAGGUGACAUUGUAAACAUAAUUAAUGAAAGUCAAAAGCAGCAAUUGGAAUCUGCGAGCUACUCCUCCCGCUACGCUCUGGUACUUUUUUAUGAAGCCGGUACACAGAUUGAUGUCCCCUGGGCUGCACAGUACAUCACCGAUAAUCCCUGCAUACGCUUCAUCUCCAUCGAUAAUAAGAAACGCAAUAUAGAGUCUCCUGAAAUUGGGCCCUCGGUUGUAGUUCACACAACUGUGAUGUUUGGAAGCAAGCACCUGGAUUCAGACCCUGCAGAGGUGCAGCAGUUAAUUCUCAGCCACCUGGAGAGGAUUGUGCCGUCCCUACCUAAACUAGCCAGCAUCAAGUGUCAUAAAUGGAGAUACUCUCAGGUAUUCUGUGCUGGGAGGAUGCUGCUGGGGCAAUGCCAUGUACUGACUUGCUGUGUAUCGCAAGAAACAGGACAUCAUACAACCCGGUGGUUUUCAUCCUUGGAGAGCAAGAGGAAAGGGGGUGGUUGCUCGAUAUCCGUCCUAAGUUCCUCCACGUAGCCAUGAGCAGCAUCCAGGGCUGGUCAACAACAGCCAGAUCAUCUCUAGUCACCUUUUCACAUAGUGGACCUGGCUCAGCAGUAAGUUAUGCAGGACUCCGGGUAAGGAGGGCGUGCAGUGCACAGGAAGGAAGUAAAUCCCACGUACUUCAGUGGGAUUUUCGCUGGUAUUUAAAAAUAUGACUCAAUCUGUCUCUUCUGUAUCUGAGAGCAUGUGAUAUUAUUAGCAAAAUUCCCACCCUACCACAGAGUAGCAGAAGUCCUUGCGUUCAGAUGUACUAAUCGUCAUUAUUUGAUUUGGCCAAGUUCUAUUUAACAGUAUGUUAUGCAAAAAAUAUUUUAAAGUAAACUACCUAAGGGUAAUAAUAGCAAAAUGUGUAUAUUUUACAGACUUCUUUUAAAAAUCCAAGGAAAUUGUUGGCAAUUUCCUAAAGUAUUGGAGUGUAUCUACAUGUUUAUCCAAAGCCUCUUAAGUUAAAUUACAUUGGUGAAAUUGAAUGUGGAAGUUGAUGCAAAAUAUUUACUUAAAGGAGUCCCGUAAAAAUUUUUCCUUUUAUGAAGUCUGGAAAAGUUACUGUAGAUGACUGUUGUGAAGUCUGCUCAUAGUCCUUGAUCUGCAUCCAAUUUAGGAACCUGAUCUCGUUAGCACAAAGUUUAUUUUUCUGCAAGUUAGGUACUGGCAGUUUGCAAAUCACUUCCCAGUGCAUAGUAUUUGUUCUCAGUUGUCGUAUAAAAACAACUUUAACAUAGGUUUUGAUGUUUCAGAUAACUCAUACAAAAAUCAUGACAUGUUUUAUAUGUUCCUCUUUAUCAGCUCAGGGGGGUUUUUUGCUGGUAGCAGUAUCUUUGUGCAGUUGUCAUUGUUAAGCACCCUUUUCUGGCUGUGACUUCUGGUCUUCUGCAUUAUCUGUUACCUUUCUGCUUAAAACUGCUUGCGAGCACAAGAGCUGCAGGUGGUAGAGGAGAAGAAUUGGAUCUAUCUCCAACAGACAGACCAGCUCUGGAAAGGGCUUCCAAAACAAAGUAAGAAGUAUUUUUAAACAGAAUUAAUGCACCCUAGAUACUGCUACUUCAUUUAUGUGUGCAAGAAAAGGGCUUAAUAUGACUUUUCCUUGCACUACUCACACUUUUAGCAUAGUGUUAAAGGUGGCAUAUAAGCAUAUGCAUCAUAUAUGGCCUGUCCUGAUUUAUUUCACCAUGAAAACUUGGAUAAAGGAAGAGACAAGAACAGCAGUUAAUUUCUUACCACUAAAUACAAGAAAAAAAGUCUCAAUUCCAUUCUACUGAACAACUAUGCUUUUUGAAUCCUGGCAAAAUUAUGAUCACAGAGGAUUUAUUAUAACCUUGUACCUAUUGCUUCAACUUCUAGAGGUAGCCGGAACAGUGACUGUAGGAAUGAACUCUUAUUUUCCACAAUUGCUUCAAAAGUGUUGUCUUCCUAAAUCACUGGGUGUGCAUCCUGUUUCCCCUAUUUACAAAGUACAUUCAGAUAUCAUACUGCUGGAAGAUGCUCUAUUAUUUUCUUAAACUGUUGUACAAUUUACAGCUCUUCCCGCUUUCUUCUCCUGCCUCUGUUGCCUGCUGCUGACCAGGAUGCUACUGGCUAAAACCACCAACUUCAGCAGCUGCUUGUACUUUAUGUCUGCAUCACAGGAAGAAUUAUCACCAGUCUUUAAUUCAGUGGACAAAUGUCAAUAUGUCUAAGAUUGCAAAUAAGUCAGUGUAGGUGAGAUCGGUUAUCUCAAUAAAGAGAUCUCUAUUGCUACCCCAUAAAAUAAUCACUGCCUAAAUUAAAUAUCUGGGACAGAGCUCCAUCUUUCUCUUAAAACUACCUUUACUUUCAGUUAUAAUAAGCUGUUGCCACAGAAGCAGAGGGAACCGAUAAGAUGGCUGCAUCUUUCCCCUGACUCUUUUAGUCGGGAUUUAUCCUGCUUGUUAAUUAAAUCCGGCUCUAAUGUCCUUCACAUGGCCAAACACAAUCCUGGGAUUAAAAUGCAGACAUUACAAUUAUCCACGGCGCAUGGGGGAUUAGGACUUUGAAACUUCUACUGACACUACUUAGCAGUACAGCUGCAAUUCUGGAUCCCCUGCUUUAAUUACGAUAAGACUUUAUUAGAUUCAGAGCUAACAGCUUCCUAGCCCAUCACAUCCCUUUGACAGAGACACUUUAUGCAUAUAAGGAAUACUGGGAAAACACAGAAUCAUAGAAAUUGGACCUCUCCAGAGGGGACCUCAGAAGGGACCUUUUCAGGUCUGUAGUCCAACCUGCUGUUGAAAGCAGAACGGUCGCCAGCACUAGGUGACCUCGACCAUGGUUUUGUCCAGCUGAGUCUUGAAUUCUUUGAGACGGAGAUAACGACAGGCUGUGCCAUGUAGCUGAGGGUAAUUUGGAAUGCAUGUUGGACAACACUUUCAGAAGAACUUCCCUUCCCCAGUGUCUAGAGUGAGGGCCUUUACUACACUGAGCACACAGUCUUGCCACACGGGCAAAAAGAUGCAGGCUGACAUGUGAAAGUAUUGAUCCUGUGAUCAGUAUGACAGACCAGUAGCUGUUUGGUACAGGCAGCAUCAAUAAUAAGCACUGGGUAAUCAAGAAGGAAGGACACUCCAAAAGCCUUUUUCUGCUAAACCUUUCUUCAUUGUUUAUGCUCAGUGGCCUCAAUCUGUAAGAAAAAUUUAAGAAUAAAUGAAGUACUGACCUAAAAUUAGUCUGAGAAAGACAAUCUCUGGCUGGAUUUACUGUACAUGGCUAGACUCUUCUGUUAAGUUGAAUAAUGGAGAAUGGGUCGCAACUGGCUACAAAUUCAUUUCAGAUAAUUACCUCCUUCAGUGCGAUGCCAACAUUCCAGUAACACAAAAUGCAGCCAGUAACAUAAAUGUGGGUGUUUUGCAGCUGAUCUGUGCUGGGAAAUGGCAGAUCACGACACGGCCAGCUGAGUGUACAUUUGAAUCAGUGGAGAAAUCCCCUGGACUGAACAAGAUGCCUUGGACUUUAGGUCUUGUUCACUGAAGCUGACAGUCGCACGAUGGGAUGCAGUAACGGUUUACUGCACAGGAAUCCAAAACAUAUCUUUCGACCAAAGGCAGAAAGUCAAGAAAUGAUCAAAAGAAAAUUGCGCUCUCUGUAUCAUGCUUUAUGAUCUCUAUGGUUUGAUCUCUGUUGCUGGUCUGCUGCUGUGCUUUCUGCUCUUUUUUCCCCUUCCUCUCCGGCUUUUUAGGUAUUUUUUCCUAAAAACAAUUUCAAGAUAUCGUCCUUACAGGUCUUGUUUUGUCAUUCCUUUUCUCAGACUGUAUCUUUGCACCAUCCUCCUCCGAUCACUUCAUCCUCAAGCUGUCCUGCAUCUUCUUACCUUUUUUUAUCCCUUCAGCCUGAGCCUGGCCUUGCCCUCACAUUUACUUGUUAGCCCGUGCUGCUGCUGCUGCCUUACAUCCAUCCUGAGAUUCUGUGGUGCUGCUCUGGGAUGCACUGCUUUGGUACAACAUGGACCCUCACCCUUUGUGCGUAGGUUUGAAACAGGCUACAACAACGUGUGACACAGCCGGGCGUGGUAAAAACACGGGCGCUGUGUGCUUUUACUCUGCUGUUUGGCACGCAUUGGUGUUUGUCACGAAGCACAGUACUGAAAGAAGUCUUGUUCUCCCCGUGAGUUCCAGGUGGCUUCGGGUUACUAGGUACUGGCAAAGUCCAUUCACUUUUAGAAAUGUUACACAGGACUGCUCAAGAGCUGCCAUUCCACAGAUACAAGUUUAAUUUAAGGUAGAGUGUCAGGAAGGUCAUGUUUUAAGUGAAUACAAUGCAUACAUUGACAAUGACAUUAAAUAUUUAUCAAAGCAGCUUUAUUCAGAACUUGUCCUGUGCUACUUACAGCAAAAGUGUUGAUUGUAUCUCUAGCAGUGUCUAAAAAUUGUUGUGCUACUCCGAUGAAAAAGGAGACCAGCGUGGCAGAGCUGGAGACAGGAUGAGUUGUCCCAAGGCUGUAUGUAUGCUUGCACGGCAGCGGGAAGUAUGGGCAGGUCAUCAUGACAGUCACUACUCUGAAGUCCACCUCACCUCCCGUCCAGGAAGGUCACCUGGUCGACCCAAUCGUGUUGCAGGUUCUCUUGGAAAUGGCAGGCUCCCUUUCCUUUGUCGAACGGUCACUUAUCUGGGGGUUUUUGCAAGACCACCUUUGCUGAUGUGAGAUCGUGUAUCUUCAUACCUUUUAGCUUAGAGAUCUCCAUGCCUCAUCUAUCCAGGGUCAGGCAAUUUAUUUCUGCCGAGAUGGACUGAGAAUAAGACAGGACGGGGCUGUAAACAUUCUAAAUUUCCACAUACAGGAAUGCUUUAUUCUAAUUAUUUAACUCCAGAAUAUAAAUAUUUUACUAUGGUACUUCGAUUGUUAAUGCUUGGAUCUAUGAUCUGGGAUGAGAGGAGUGCUUCGUAUGAAGGUGUGUUUCUCAGGAAUAUGGACUUUUCUGGCAUGAAACUCAGAUAAAUAAAAUACUUUAUUUUCCGUCACCCUA